AUGGCAUCACUACUGCCAAGAUAUUUUGCGCUGAAAUCAAACAACAACAGAAAAUGCUUGCGCUACAUAGAUCAAGUUGUGGAAAAUCUUCGUGGAGUUCUCCAAUUUUCCGAAGAGGAUUUUAAUAGCCCGUAUGCAAGGUUCGAAAUGGAGACAGCGAACAAUGGUGACGGAAGUUACGUGCACAUUAAAUCCCGGUGGAACAACAAAUACUUGAGAAGAGCAGACGACCAACACUGGUGGAUUGUAGCCGGGGCUGACGAACCAGAGGAAAACGAAAACCUUUGGUCCUGCACAUUGUUCAAGCCAGUGGCUGUCCAUGCGCACAACAACGUAGUCCUCCUUCGAUUACAACAUGUGGAACUUGGGCACUAUGUAAAGUUAUUCAGUGCAAACGCCUUCCGUUCAUGCCUCUUCGCACACCAACCGAACCCGGACCACCAAAUGAUGGAUGCGUACACAGUCAUUGACUUGGUACCAGUCGGAAUACCUAACCAUUUUGUGCUGAAAUCAAACAACAAUGACAGAUACUUGCGCUACAAACUUGAUGAAGAUAUUAUCAAUCGUGAAAUUCUUCAAUUCACGGCAGUGGAGCCUACGAAUCCGGACACAAAGUUCCAAAUAGAGCUGGCAAACAGUAGGGAGAACCAAGAUAAUCAUUACGUUCAUGUCAAAUGCUCCCACAACAAUAAGUACUUUAGAAGGUUGGACCAAAACAACCUAUUGAUCCUGGCUGCAGCUGACCAGCGAGACGAGGACAAAAGAAGAUGGUCUUGCACAUUGUUCAAGCCUGAGCUUGUUGGGCAAGCAGACAAAGAUAACAAUAAUGUGCUCUGCCGACUGCAACACGUGCAAAGCAGUCUGUAUACAAGGCCAUUCAUUGAAAGCAGAUUAGAACUACGCCUGAACCAAUUAAGUCCUGAUCUCCAAGAACUGGAUGUCUACACAGCCAGUCCUGUGCAAGAACCGACUAGCCUUCCAUGA